CCCCACUUUUUUCGGCUAUAUAAAGAUCAAUCACGGUCAGGAUCAACAAUUACAGUCGAAGACCCAUCCAAACCUACCACAUCUCAUCUACCAUGGCUUUCAAGUUUGUUGUAUUUGCCACCCUUCUGGCUCAUGCGCUCGCUGGGGUCAUCCCCGGGGCUCCGCUGGCUUACGCCGCUGGCCCAGUUUACUCGGCCCCAAUUGCUAAAGCAGUUGUUGCCGCCCCAGCUGAAGAUUACGACCCAAACCCCCAAUACAGCUACGGCUACGACAUCCAAGACGGCUUGACUGGUGACAGCAAGAGCCACAGCGAGACCAGAAGUGGGGAUGUCGUGCAGGGCAGCUACUCUCUUGUGGACCCUGAUGGUCUCAGGAGAACUGUGGAAUACACUGCUGAUCCAGUGCACGGAUUCAACGCAGUGGUGCGCAGAGAGCCAUUAGCUGUCAAGGCCGCCCCAGCUAUUGCCAAGGUGGCUGCGCCAGUCGCCUACGCCGCUCCUGCUCACUACGCUCAACCUGCGCCGUUGGCUUACGCAGCUGGACCAACCAGAGUAGCAUACGCACAACCUGCCAUCGCCUACCACCACUAAGAUAUCCUAGCAGUAUUGUAUAUAGUUAUUAUUUAUUUGGACCUAACGAAAUAGAGUCGAUAAAAAAGA